AUGUCAUCAAAAACGAUUCGUGUAGCAGUCACUCAGGCCGAACCAGAGUGGUUAGAUCUAACCGCUGGCGUGGUGAAGACCUGCAACCUCAUCGCAGAGGCUGCCCAGAAUGGCGCUAGAUUGAUUGCCUUUCCAGAGUGCUGGAUUCCUGGAUAUCCAUGUUGGAUCUGGAGCCGGCUUCUCGAUGUCGAGUUAAAUGUGGCAUACAUCAAGAACUCCAUUACCCUCAAUUCCCCAGAGAUGACCCGAAUUCAAGCAUGUGCAAAAAGCCAUUCGAUUGCAGUCUCACUGGGCUUUUCGGAGAAUGACAGCAACUCUAUCUAUAUCGCCCAAGUAAUGAUUGGUGGCGACGGAGAGAUCAAGUCACACCGCCGAAAGAUGAAGGCUACCCAUAUGGAGCGCACCAUUUUUGGAGAUGCCUCCGGAGAAUGUUUCUCCAGUGUUGUGGAGCUUCCCUUUGGGCGUGUUGGAGCGCUCUCUUGCUGGGAGCACAUCCAGCCGCUGUUGAAAUAUUUCAUGAUAUCUCAGAGAGAAGAUAUUCACGUCUCUGCAUGGCCUAGCUUGACUCCUCAUACUGGGAAGGCUGAUCUCUGGUCUAUGUCCGCUGAAGGCUGUCACAGUUUGUCACAGACAUAUGCCGCUGAGUCACAGAGCUUCGUUCUCCAUUGCACAGCCGUAAUGAGUGAAAAGGGAGUAAAUGCAAUGAACACGAGUGGGGGGCUCUUGAUGUCUUCUCCGGGAGGAGGUAGCUCUGUGGUCUUUGGUCCCGACGGGAGGAGGUUGACUGAACCUCUUGAUAGCACCACCGAGGGCAUAAUCUAUGCAGACCUUGACAUGAACCAAAUCGUGGCGACUAAGAUUUUUGCAGAUGCUACGGGUCACUACAGCCGCCCGGAUCUUAUGUCGCUUAAUAUCUGCAACAAAGUGAAAAAGAUGGUUCAGGUUGAUACGGAGACAGCUGAGACAACCGCGGAGUAG